CCCCAUGCCAUGCCGACAGACAAAUAUCCCUCUACCCUGUGUUUUUUCUAACAUGGUUGUACUACUAACGCCUACUACAUAUUAAUCUGAGCCAAGCCCCCCACCCCACCCCACCUCACCAAAGAAUUACUAUUAAUUACUUAAACAAGAAAGAUGGUUUAGUCACCACUCCACCAUCCUCCCUUCCCUCAUUCAUUCAGUUUCACCCUUGAGAGAGAGAAAACAAGAAAAGACUUCUUACUCCUCUACCCCUCUCUCUCUCUCUACCCAGUCAUCUUUAAUAUUUAAAAAAGGUUAUCUAUUUGAUCUAUAAGGUUGCAAGGGUCCAAGUUGAAGAUUCUUGAGUUUAAAAAACUUCAGCUCCAUAUUCCUUCCAUUCAUCUGAUCCAACUCUGUGCUUUAUUUCUGCCACACUCUCUCUCUCUCUAGCAAUCAAAUUGAGUCCACCAUUCAUUCCCACAUAAAGAUCGAUUUUUUAUAAUUCAUGUGUGGGUCUGGUGUUGUGAUUAGAUGGAUACUUUGUUCAGACUAGUCAGCCUCCAAUCUGAUCAGUCCUUCAACUCCACCAGCAGAACCUCCAGCAGCUCCGCCAGAUCCUCCCGCCACCUCCACCAAAACCCUAAUUCCAAUUCCAAUUCCAAUUUCGAAGACGAUCAAGAUCAAGAAGAAGAAUGCUUCAAUUUUUUCAUGGAUGAUGAAGAUUUCUCCUCUUCUUCUUCUAAACACUACAAUCCCAAUCCCACCUAUCCCCCCCAACCCCACCAUCUCUCCAACACCCCCACUCCCACCACCACCACCACCGGCACCACCGGCAGCGCCACCCCCUCCCACCUCCACCCCUACGACCACUCCGCCGAUCAAUUCUCCUUCAACCUCGAAUUCUCAACCUACCUUUCCGGACAGAACAAAUGGGCCAACGAUAUUCUCCUCGAAACGGGAAAAGCCAUUGCUGACAGAAAUAGCUCCCGCGUCCAGCAGCUGAUGUGGAUGCUCAACGAAUUGAGCUCUCCCUAUGGCGAUACCGAUCAGAAACUCGCUUCCUACUUCCUCCAGGCCCUUUUCGGCCGGAUGACGGAUUCCGGCCACCGGACUUACCAGUCUCUAGCCUCCGCGUCGGAGAAGACGUGCUCCUUCGAAUCUACCAGAAAAAUGGUGCUCAAGUUCCAGGAAGUCAGCCCCUGGACGAUGUUCGGACACGUCGCCUGUAAUGGAGCCAUCAUGGAGGCGUUCGAAGGUGAGACCAAACUGCAUAUAAUUGACAUCAGCAACACGUACUGCACUCAGUGGCCGACUCUUCUUGAAGCCAUCGCCACACGGACCGACGAAACGCCGCAUCUCAGACUCACCACCGUCGUCACGACUAAAUCCGGCGGCGGCGCCGCCGCCGUGCAGAAGGUUAUGAAGGAAAUUGGGACCAGGAUGGAGAAAUUCGCAAGAUUGAUGGGAGUACCGUUUAAAUUCAACGUCGUCCACCACGCCGGAGACCUGUCGGAGUUGAAUUUCGCUGAAUUGGACGUUAAAGAAGACGAAGCGCUGGCGAUUAAUUGCGUAGGAGCAUUGCAUUCCGUGACGACGAUCGACAACCGGAGGGAUUUUCUGGUGUCCAAUUUUAGGGGAUUGCAGCCGAGGGUCGUCACCGUCGUGGAGGAAGAAGCCGAUCUCGACGUCGGAAUCGACGGCGGCGAAUUUCUCCGGGGGUUUCAGGAAUGCCUGAGAUGGUUUAGGGUUUACUUCGAGGCGUUGGACGAGAGCUUCCCGAGGACGAGCAACGAGCGGCUGAUGCUGGAGAGGUCCGCCGGACGUGCAAUCGUCGACCUGGUGGCUUGUCCGCCGCACGAAUCGGUGGAGCGGCGCGAAACCGCGGCGCGGUGGUCCCACCGCCUGCAUGGCGGAGGAUUCAGCCCCUUCCCCUUCAAUGAGGAGGUCUGCGACGACGUCCGGGCGUUGCUGCGGCGGUACAGAGAGGGAUGGUCAAUGACACAGUGCUCAGAUUCCGCCGGAAUAUUCCUCUCCUGGAAGGAUCAGCCGGUGGUGUGGGCCAGCGCGUGGAAGCGCUGACCGCCGAUCCUUCCCGCACGUGCCGUCGAACCAGAAUGUUAAAUGGAGUUGUUGGAGUGCUUGUACCAUUGGAGGGCAAAAUAGGAACAGAGGUACCACCACCAUUGGUUUUUUUAAAAACAUUUCCUUUUUUUUAUCCAAUUCUCAAUUUUUCAUUUGGAUCUGAGUUUCAUGAAUUAAAUUAAAUUAGUCCAUUCAUCAUCUAAUUCUCAUACAAUCAUCCAAUCAAA